AUGGGUAUCCGAACGGUUGUCUUCGCGGCAGUUGUUGCCUUGGCCUCAGCUGAUCGUGUGCGUCGAGGCUUCGCUGGGGGCUACGGCGGCGUGGGGGUUCGGAGGAGGCUACGGAGGGGGCCUCUCAGCCGGCUACGGCGGGGGCUACAGCAGCGGGGGCUUCCUACCUGCUGGUCGGGGGGGGCGCGCACGGGCCCUCCGCCCUCCCAGGUCGCAAGCAGGGCAGCUUACCAGGCCCACGGCCCCGCAGCCGGACAGGACGCGGUCGCUAAUGCCGCAGCCUCCCGCGCCGCGCAGGGUGCCGCCUCUCUUGCCGCCGCAGCCGCAUCCCGCGCCAACGCCGCCCGCGCCUCCAGCCUCGCCCAGGCCGCCCAUCUGAGCAAAGCUGCGGGCGCUGCGCAGGCCAAUGCCUACCUACAGGCCAGUCAAGCCGGCUAUGCCGCCGCAGCAGCGCAACAGGCAUACGCUGCCAAGGUCGGGGGCUACCACGGAGCAUCCUACGGGGGCUACAACAACUACGGCAACCUGGCCUAUGCCCGCAGCAACUUCCUGGGAGCCUCUGCCUACGCGGCAUCCCAGGCGGCAGAUGCCCGCUAUGCCCAGUCGGCCGCCAAUGACCUGUCGUUCCAGAGCGCCCUCGCCAAUCACGAGCUGCAGUCGGCGGGCGGGGCGGCCGCGCAGGCCUCCGCCGCCGCCACCAAGGCCCUGGCGAAGGCCUACGGCGCCGGGCUCGGCCACGGGGCCUCCGGGGGAUCCUACUAUGGCUAUAACUUACACAUGAGCCACUGCCUGCAAACACUUCAUGUUCUCUAUAUCUCUGUGUAA